CGCCGCGCGCGCGCGCGCGACUGCCGUGAAGCGAGGCCGCGAUGAUGGCGGCAGGAGUAGGUAGCGCCUGGGUGCGCGGUCUGCUCGGUUGGGCGCGGCCGGAGAGGUGGCUAGCAGCCAGUAGCCUUCUUCCUCUGUCAGGCGUCCACACAUCAUGCACAGCUCUGCAGCAAAUUGGAAAGUGGGAGAAAAAGAACAGGAUUGUUUACCCUCCACAACUGCCUGGAGAACCUCGCAGACCAGCUGAGAUAUAUCACUGUCGGAGGGAGAUAAAAUACAGCAAAGAUAAGAUGUGGUACCUGGCAAAACUGAUAAAAGGGAUGUCCAUUGAUCAGGCUCUGGCUCAGUUGGAAUUCAAUGAUAAAAAGGGAGCAAAGGUGAUCAAAGAGGUUCUCUUAGAAGCGCAGGAAUUGGCAGUAAAAAAGCACAACGUGGAAUUCAAAUCAAAUCUACAUAUAGCCGAGUCGACGACGGGCAGAGGCCGCUAUGUGAAGCGGAUUCGUUACCACGGCAAAGGCAUGUUUGGCAUCAUGAAAAUCGUCAGGUGCCAUUACUUUGUGAAGCUGGUGGAAGGUCCCCCUCCUCCUCCAGAGCCCCCAAAGACUGGGUUUGACCAAGCAAAAGAAUAUGUGCAGCAGCUACGCAGUAGAACCCUUGUUAAUACACUGUGACAAACUUUUGUGACUAUAUGGGAAUCUGCAUGGCACAGAGGAAUUGCUCUGUGCUCUGGGAGCUCUUUUGGUAUAGUGAAAAUAUAAGACCUUUAUCUACAGAGAGCCAAGCUUCAGCUCGUUUAGUUUGAGAGUAACUAGAAGCAAGGCUUCAAAGAAAACCACCUUGGCUCCUGUGACUUCUGUUUAGUGGCCUGAACCUGUUGGGAUCAACAGACUUUCAACACUUAAAGGUGUGUGACAGUCAGUAAAACAUGCUCUCAAAACCACUAUGAAUCUAUCCUGUUUUGUUUGGCCUGUAAUCACAGCCUCUCUGAGCACGGACCUUUCACCAGCAGCCGAAGCUGUGUAUGCCUCUGUGGUCCAAAAGAAGAUGUUCUGUUUUGAAGAGCAACUUGAAAGGCCAUACUUUACUUGACACAGGAGAACAUGCUACUGCUUCACCCUGGCCUCUGUUUGUAGUCCUGGAGUUUUAAAUGUAUGUCCUCCCUGGGAAGGCAUGUUAUCUCAGAGGAGGCACAUCCCAGCCUGUGUGUUCAGAGAUGAUGACUUCAAGGCCUCUUUUGGGACUGCUGUAUGAGGUCCCUGGAGGGCAACCAGCAAGGCAAGUCUUGGUGGAGGACUUGCCCUUCAAAAAUUCAGCCACAGCCUCAAAGUGUGUGCCUGUGACUUAUAAAGGUGUUACAUUUCCCUGCUGAGAAAGUCAGAAUUGUCCUUCCUCCCAUGUUCUUUGCCAUUAAACUGUUCCAUGGCAUGUCCCCCCCAACCGAUUCAUUAUCUUCUUAAAGUGGGGUUUCUUCUUCUGAAGAAGCAGCUGAGGUAGCAGGCUGCAGUUGGCACUGUGGUCUGCCCUUUGGGCAGCAUGCUGCUGCUUAUGUGGUGAGCCCCAGUUUCAUUAGAGCCCCAUGAGAAGGAGGCUGUGCUUGCUGGGGCGGUGGUAGGGAUGUGGUCAGUCCCCCUGUGGCAGCAUGAUGCUGAGGCUGCUUUUCAACCUGCUUUCUGGCUCUUGGAGGUAUGUUUAUUGUAGUUGCCCUUUAGUGACUGGUUCAUUUUUGUUUUGUACAGGCUACCGUAUUUUCCAUUGCUUCCCUUUAGUGCUGAGUUGAAUUUCAUGGGGGCCUGCAAAGCAUCCCAAGGGAGGGCUGAAGGAAAGAGGCUGCAGAAACAGGCAGUGUUGGCACGUCACUGUGCUUAAGGUACAAUUGCUCUCAGUGUAGAAGUGGAUAACAGGCUAUCGGUGCAUGGCAAGCCAUUUCUCAGGUAUGAAAUGAGCUCAGAAAUGCGCAUGGUUCUGCUUUGUGGACAAGAGGGAAAACUAGGAGGACUCAGUGUUAUCACCUGCAUCUCCCUGGCCUGGGAAAGCUGGUCUUCAGGGCCAGUAAAUCUGGUUUCCUGUGAAUGCAGGAGAGGUCUUGGAAUAAUCUCAUUUCAAUCCCUCUUUAACGGAUUCCAGGAUGAGCUGGUUGCCAUGUAUAGCUUCUUUACAUACGAAUUUGGGUUUGAACCCAGCUGAAUUUUCAGUCCAACUAGAAGCAAGGUCUCUGCUAAGAAAAAAAAGGACAAGGGAAAUAGUGGGGAAGGCUCCCAUGCAAGUGAAUGAAAAAACAAAACCAGGAGGACUGAAUGUUUGUUAUUCAUACAUAUUCUUAGAGGUAAUUAUUGUGAUUUCAUUCCUGAAAACUGCCUGCCUUAAGAAGAAAUUACUGUAUUCUACUAAGUGCUUGUUUAUUAAACUUGCAGUAACUGAAGUUAAAUAUAAAUUAUCAAAACACCUGUGAGGUGCAGGGGUUUUCUUUUGGCACGUGUCUGUGAAAAAUAAAUCCAACAGGAGAACAUUCAGCAAAGCAGGAGGUGCAAAAUGUAAGUCAAGAACUGGCCCUGGAUCAAUGGUCCCAGUCCUGCUGGCCUCAACGUGGGAUUCCCAAACCUUCCCUAGGGCGUGGGGAAGGGUCUUCCCAAGGAAGCAAGCUGACAGUGUACUGCUCUCAUCAACUUGUGUAAGGCUGGGGCGCGCUUUUCCCUUAAGAAAUAAGGGGAAAUUUGGGUGGGAAUCAGAAUUGGGAAUGGCAGGAGCGCAAAAGAAAGAGUGGGUGGUCUGCAGCAUGCGGCAAAGAGGAAAGAGGGAAGAGGGGAUGGCUGUGAGGACAGGUAGCAUCUGUCUGUCUAUAAAGGCCAUAGUCUACUUUGCAAUUUCCAGGUACUGAAAUAGUUUUCAGCAGGGAAGUAUGGACAGAGCAAGGGAAGUCUGGAGAACUCUACACAUUUGGCCUUGUAAGAGGUUAAUGGCUUAGCCCUUAAAAUGUACCAGAAAAUGCAGGGAGGUUUAUGUGAUGGCUUUGACAUAUUCUGGCAAUAAAUGCAGUGUAAAGAUGUUUCCUCUGUUUGCUCUAAGCCGUUGACUUUACUCUGUCACUAUGGGGAACUGACUGUAUGUAACAGAAAAGGAAAGAGAGGAUGUAAAUUUCUGAUGCAAAAUAUUUGUGUUUUUCUUUAGCACAGUUUACUACAGGAAGAAACUUAUGCCUUUGCACUCUGUGUAUCUGCCAGACUUCCCAGCAGCGUCAGGAUCUGUUGACCAAGUUUGGCAGAUGAGGACAAGUGUGGAAGAGAAUGAAGUUUAUAGAAAACCAGUGACAGGUAGAGCAGAGAUCCUAUAAGCACCUGAAAAAGAAAAGCUGUGAUGGGCUCCAGAAAAGAGACCUUGUCCUGGUGCUGGAUGACUGGAGCUGACACCUUCCUAAAGCACAAAGCCCAUCAGUCACUUGACAAAAGCUAGUAGAAAAUCAAACUACGUUCUUUGUUUUUGUGCUAAUGUGGGUGAAUUCUGGAGAAUUCUGGAACUGAAGUGUCCUGAACAGCUGAUCCACCUGAUUUCAGUGGGAUGUCCUGUGCUUACAAUCAGUCCUUGUUUGAGCAGCACUUGUGCAACUGAAGUCUUCAAUUUCCCCCUGGUUCCUCGGAGUUUGCUGCGUGGUUGUACAGUUUUGUCUAAGAGAAAUGUGAGUCAAAUGAUUCUUCUCUAAGCCCAAAAACCUGCUGGGUGACUGAACAUAGGUGCAGGCAUAUCCAUAUUUUUGAUUGCUGGUUAUUCGUAUGAGGCGAUGUAGGUGUAUGCGCCUUUUUAGCUGAGUUCCCUGCUGCAUAGUCCUGCUUCUGUCAGUCUCCUUGGAGAAAAACAUGCUUUGGCCUAGUGACGUCUGCACAUUACUGUUUUCUUGCUCAUAUUCCUAACAUUUAUAAUUCAAGCAUCUUCAGAUAGAAGUGAAAGUUUCUCUUCUACAAAAUAAAGAGCAUAAUGGCUUGUGUUAAUUAUUCCUUCUCGCUUACUCACUUACCAGCUCAUAUAUUACUCCAAGGCUUUUAGUGCCUUGGGCCAAAAAGGGUCAUUACAGCAGGCAGCCUAAUGACUUGACCAAAAAAAGUGAGUGAAGGAGAAUGAGUCCUUCUCCACUGGAGCCUCUGAAGUCAUUAAUAGGUGCCUUGGGAAUUCCACAAAGCAGCAGCUCAGAAAACAGACAGGAUUGUUCAGUGUUGGAUAUCACUCUGGUGACAUCUAUGCUAUUACAAAGAUUUACAGCUGGAAUAAUUCAAUCCAGUUUUAUUCCAGUUUUUCUCUUCCCCCAUUGACUCACAUUGUGGAAGGCAGUCACACCCUCAGAGUUGGGUUUUGCCUAAUAGAAGCACCAGAACAUACUAAGUGGAACAACUAAUGGGGACGAAGCUUUUUCCCUUCCUUCCAGACUGGGUUAUCAAUUAUGAAUUAGCUGCAAUCUAAGAUCAAAGGGGUUCCAUUUUUGCAGCUGAAUUUGAGGGUUUGGGAACUGAACAGAUGAAAUGCAGUUAAUGACUCAUUUCAGGAAGGCAGAGACAGGAGAUAACUGACAGGGGUGGA